AUGGUACACACAAGCCGUCCUAAGCGCCAAAGACCCCCCACCAUAUGGGCCGAUGAAGGUGCAAUCUGCCAAGAGGAUUCGGAGCCAUGCACAAAUGCAUCAAACACUGCGUCUACAACAGAUCGAGCUGUGGCGGCAACUCCUUCCAUUCGCCCUAAUACGACCAAAAAUGAGACACAAGGACAACUUUCGAAGGCCGGGACCAUGUACGAAGAUCCCUGGAACACAUUCGAGCCAAUUGCGGAGCUCGUUCUUGAUCGGUCGCUUCUUCUUGCCCGACACAAAAAAGACAAAAGCAAACUUGUCCACAUCCAGAACGUUGAAGCCAAGGCGUUCGCGAACGUUGAGUUCCAAAGAAUGCUAGAUGAGAUCUCGCAUUCAAGUUUUCUCUGGGAGCAUGUGGAGGUUUCGGUCGGUCAAAUAGUGGCAUCGAGGCUUAUGGUUACUGCGAGUGAGAUCAUCGCAAUUGCAAAGCCGGUACUUGAAGGUAUUCAGUACUUGGCCAAUCGCGGGAGAGUUCUGGCCACUUUGACUCUGGAUACUGUUUUCCUCACGCAAUCUGGCAAGGUCAGAAUUGUGGGUGUCGAGAAUAGCUGCGAGAUUCACGCUUCGGAAAUGGAUGCUGCGACGUUGAAAUUGUACGCCCUAGCAGAUAUUGUUAUCAGGCUCAUGGGAAAAUGUCCUUUGGAACAUAAAUGGCCCGUCGAGAUUGACGAUUUGCCUAGUCAACUGAGAUCGCGUUCCCUCGGAGAACUUUUGCAGGUGAAUCUCCUCCUCUUGUAG